AUAUUAGCGGCCUCUGCCGGACGAGACCCAUACUGACUUAGUAUGGGUCUAAAAAAACUUUUCGAUAAUUCAAAAUGAGUAGGAUUCUCGUUUUCGAUACAGCAAAAGAGUUGAAUCUCUCUUGCAAAAACUUCGCUCCCGGCUAAAGUUUACUAAAAAAUAUCAACAAUGUUCUAAAAAAACUUAAGCAUUUGGUAAACAUCUAUAACAUCUUUGAUUCUUGAUACAUUGCCGAACAAUGAAAAAAAAGAAGUGCGGAAACGAGUUCUUCACAAUGUUGAACGAGGACUACAUCCAUGACAAGUUCAACCUGAUCUUCCUGGACACGGAAAACUAUCGCAGCACCCUCGAAGUGAUCCCCGACCUCAACUCCCGGUCAGGUUCCCAUGUUGGAAAUGAUCACGAUGUGGAUGCUAGCGCCGAGAAGCUCUGCAAACGGAUCCACGCCCGAUUCGAAUUGAUGCUCAAGAAAUUCCAGAGGACCGUCUUUGCCCCCGUCUGCUGCCCCAUCUGCAACGAUGUCUGCAACCUGGACGGCGCUUUGCUUGGCACAAACUACUCCAUUGAGCUAUUCGCUCAAAGGCCAAGUUUGUGCCCAUGUGGGUCCUACUAUUAUGUAUAAAUCAUUUAAUCCUUACCGUUUCGAACCUUUUGCACAUCGCUCUGGGUCAAAAAAGGACUCGCAGGAAGUUGAUACCUGAAUAGAAAAAAUGAGUACCACUAAAAAAAUUCUCCGUGUAUAACAUUGUUUCUGUGUUUUAUUGUUAAUCUGUUCAGCUCUAACCCCCCUCAUUAAAUACCUAUAAGCAAUUGUUGCUUCAGAUCCCGAUGGUCUGUCCGAUUCCGGAUCCUUUUUUGUCUGAUUUUUCUGGUAAAUUCAGUUUCUUGUGCAUUCGAUCAGAAGAGAUGAACAUAGUCGUUCAUCUCCACAAGAUUCGAUUUAAACAUUAACUUAAAAGUAAUUAAAUCAAAAAUUUGAAUCAGUUUAUACUUAUGAAGUAUUUUAAGUAUUUUUCUUAACUGUCUGGUCUGUCUAUCGUCUAUUGGAUAAUCUUAUAGCUAGAAUAGGAUGCGUGCUGGCGGAUGGAUGCGGAUGUACGAUGAUGCAUACAUAUGUACAUUAGUUACACUUUUCGUGUGCGACUAUUGCGAGCCAGCGUUAGGAUAAUCGCUUGCCUUAGACAAUUAAUUCGAGUGUUUUACACAUACGAUGCAAUAAAUAAAUAACACUAUCUCUACACUACGGGUCUGAAACAUCAAUGAAAUGAUAACUAAAAAAAAAAAAA